AGUCGUAGGAUUAGUGGGAAAGGUGGAGUUCAGGUAAAAUCUAAAUGAAACGUGAAAUCUAAAAUCUAAAUGAUGCAUGAACACCAGAUCAGGAGUGAGAAGUGGAUCUAGGUCAUGUUUCCUUGGAAACCACAAACUUAAGAGGAUAUGUACUGUUUUUCGUUUUUUUCAGGAAUCCCCCUAUCCUCAGCUCUGCACCUGGUUAGAAAUAGAAGCUGCUUCUCUGUGUCGGGUGUCUUAGAUCCACUAGGCAACGAGUGGAAUAUUUCAUUAUUACUGAUAAAAGUUGACAUAGCAACGUUCACGUAGGUUUUAAAAGAACAAAGUUUCUCUGCGGAAGAAUGUAGUACUCACCCAAAGAUGCCGGUUGUUAUACUUUUUAGUUGCAGUUUGUCCUUAAUCUGUUUACUGUAAACGUUACUACUGGCUUACAUUGUUACCCAUCCUGAUGAACGGCUGGCCAGGUUUUUACUAAGCAGUUACAAAUGAAAAUAGGACUAUGCUUCUCAAACCACAGCUAAUACUCCUCCCAAGGCUGAAGUCCUUGGUUUGCCUGACCAACUGUCCUCUCAUUUGAGAUCUCAAAGUACUUCGAACGAGACCCUGCAUCAAGCUCUUAAGCGCCUUUCUUCGCAAAACCAUUCAAGCAUCCCGCCCUCCCAAGGUUGCGCUCAGCGCGUGCGGGGCGGACCCACUAUUCUCAAAUCUUAUUGGGUAAAAUCCUCGCCUCCCAUCACACUAUGGGCGGGACAAUAGAGAAAGGGCCUUUACCAGGCGCAAGAAGAUGACAUCACAGUAGCGGAGCCGGGACCUCCGGUUGCUCUGGGUUCUGCUCGCCGAGGGUGCUAAAUGAAGACCGCUCCGUUCGAGAUACCGUCGCCAUGACCAUUUGUCAGUUCUUCCUUCAAGGCCGCUGCCGAUUCGGAGACCGGUGCUGGAACGAACAUCCUGGCGCCAGGGGUGCGGGCGGAGGACGGCAGCCACAGCCCGCAGGUAGUAACAGAAGAGGAUGGAAUACCACCAGUCAGAGAUACUCCAAUGUUAUCCAGCCAUCCAGUUUCUCCAAGCCUACACCAUGGGGGGGCAGCAGAGAUCAAGAAAAGCCAUCUUUUGCUUCUUUUGAUUCUGGAGAGUCCACUAGCAAGAACAGGGGAUUUGGCUUAUCUCAGAACCCAUUUGCUUCACCUGGCUCUGAUGACCAGAAAGAUGAUAAGAAGCUUCUGGAAGGAAUUGUUAAAGAUAUGGAGGUUUGGGAAUCAUCAGGGCAGUGGAUGUUUUCUGUUUAUUCACCGGUGAAAAAGAAACCGAAUAUUUCAGGUUUUACAGACAUUUCACCAGAGGAGUUGAGACUUGAAUACCAUAACUUCUUAACCAGCAAUAACUUACAGAGUUAUCUAAAUUCUGUCCAGCAGUUAAUAAAUCAGUGGAGGAACAGGGUGAAUGAACUGAAAAGUCUAAAUACAUCAACUGCAAUAGCUUUGCUCUCCGAUUUACAGGAUGGAGUGAAUCAAGCAGCACCUUCAUUUGGUUUUGGCAAUAGGCAAACAGUAACAUUUGGGUCACCAGGUUUUCCAGUGAAUAACAGCAGCAGCAGCAGUGCUCAGAAUUUUAGUUUUAAACCAAGCUCUGGAUUUGCUACAGCCCCUUCUGGAAGUCCUGCUGUGUUUGGGAAUACUCCAGCAUUUGGAGCUGUACCCGCUGCCAGUUCUGCCAUCCCUGCCGCUACUCCGACUUUUGGCCUUCGGAAACCCGAAAUCACAUCUGCUGCUUCAUUUUCAUUUAAAACCCCUGCAGCUUCUGGUUUUGGAUCAUCUGGAUUUUCAGGAUUUUCGCCUUCUAUGGCAGCAAGCCCUGUUGAAUCUCCAGUGGCCCCAGCCUUUGGAAGUGGCAGUUCUGCAGCUGGUUUUGGUAGUUCAGGCUCACCGCCUCACACUGCUUUCUCUAAGUCAUCCAGUGACACUUUCGGAAACAGCAGUGUACCCACUUCUCUCUCUUUCUCACUUGGCAGCACCACAACAGAUAAUGCGUUAUUCACACCCAAGGAUCAACUAACAGCAGAAGAACUGGAACAAUUUCAAUCCAAGAAGUUUACUCUGGGAAAAAUUCCAUUAAAGCCACCACCUGUGGAACUUCUAAAUAUUUAAAAGGGCAACUUUAAAUACAGAAAAGAACAGCUUUUAAAAUUGUUUUGAGUGGUUCAUAUGAAAGAGGAGGAAUACACACACACACAUGUGUAUAUGCAUAUAUAUGCAUAUAUAUUUAUAAAAAGUAUAAAUUUUCAAUAAUAACAUUAGGAGUUCUUAAAUUUAACAUUUUUUCCUUGACUCUAGCUAUUUAAGUACAACAACAAAAAAUACUCAGCAACAGAUUUUUUCUUUUUUUUUUUUUACUGUAAUGAUGAACUGAAAAACCUGUCAGGGUACACUGAAUAAAGUACUUUUCUCAUUCUGUAUCACUUUA